AUGCUCUCAAAUUGGGACAAAUAUGGCCGCCUCAGCCUUGACUUUGCCUCAACCGCCACCUCUGUAGGCUUUUCCGCCGCGAAGGCAUGCACACGACUCGGAUUCUCGUUGACACGCGGAGUAGCGUCAACAGCUGCCGGCCUGACCGGCACCGUCAUUGACUACACUUUGUUCGGCGGCAGCACUGGCGCCGGCGCACUCUUUGGCGGGGCGGUCUCGUCAGCUAUCUCGGCGGUGGAAUUCGUCGCGCUUGCACCCAUCCUGCUCGGAGAGACCCUGACGUCAACCUCGCUCGUCGCAGCAAACUCCUCUUUGUCGAUGCUCACCACCAUCUUCCCCGGGAGCGACGAAGCAAGCUUCUCCCUCGCCAGCUUCGUCGGUCUCGUCCGCCGCGAAUGGAACGAACCCGCCGAGAGCGAAGGCCUCCCGGAGGAACGGUACGGCCUCGGAGAAGUCCUGAAGGCACUCGCAGGGUUCGCAGCGCUGCAGGGCGUCACGAGCGAGUGGCAGGAGAAGCAGUGGUUCAGGCAUAUGCGCGAAGUGCCCGUCUACGACGAAUCGCACGCCGCCCAACCGCGCCAACGCGUCGACUCUCGUGUUACGAUUACCGGGGACACGAUAUACCCGAGACACAGCGGGCAGAUCGUCACCGCUGACAUUACCGAAGUUCCGGUGCCGGGCUCGUGGCCUAGUGCGCGACUAGCCCCUCCUCGUCCCCCGCGCCCUUCCACUAUCCGGCGUCCGUCAACUGCGGCCUCGGCGGACGACCUCAAGCAGACCUUCAGACGGCUUUCCAAACUAGUCCUCGCCGGCUACGGUGGAGCUAGUUUGCUGUUCUUCGGAGUGUCUCUUUCACCUUCCGAGCGACAGCGGCAGAAGGAGGAGGUACAAAUCGCUGAUGCUAUUGACGCUUCCGAAAGAGAAGCUGCCGGGCCCCAGGGCGCGCCGAAUACGCCCCCGACGGGUGCGGGUACAGAUGCAAGCGGUCCCGGAACGGCGUCCUAUUCGUGGUGGGACGUGCUCAUGGGCAAACACGACCAUGAUAUCUUCCUCAACUGGGCGAAGUCGCAUUCGUCUCACGAUACCACUCCAGAAGCAGCACCUCCGACCGCGCACGUUGGUACAGACAGCCAGAUGCCACGCUUCUGGGUCCUGACGGACCACGUACGGCAAGAGGUCGUGCUCGUCAUCCGAGGCACGAUGAGCCUGAACGAGGUCGCCGUCGACCUUACCUGCGAACCCGCACCCUUCACCCUCCCCCGUGCCGACAACAAAUCCCACCGGCCACCCUCCCAGUCGUCCCCGCUUGCCCAGCCCGCCCCCGAGGAGCCUAUCGACGAGCUCGACGAGGACCUCGAGAAUAUCCCCGGGUCAUUCCCGUUCCCGAUGGACCUCUCCGUUCCGUUCCCGCGCACGCGCAAGGACUCGGACCGGGCGAGCACAUCGAGCAAGCCUUUCCCGCGCGCACGCGUGCCGUCUGAGAGUGCGGACGAUGCUGUGCAUGUUGUACACGGAGGGAUGUUAAAGAUGGCUCGGGCGAUGGGUGGUGUUGGGAAGCCGGUUCAUGUCGUCGUGCGGGAUGCGUUGCGCAAGAACAAGGGCUACUCUCUGGUUCUUUGCGGUCACAGCUUAGGUGCCGGUGUCGCGGGACUCCUUGCUCUGAUGUGGGCUUCUCCGGAGACGCGCCUCACAUAUCGCACGUCAGGCCUUCCCGCCAAUCGGAAGGUCACCGCGUACUGUUUCGCACCCCCCUGCAUCGUCUCUCCGCGCCUUAGCGCCAAGGCGGCCGCCUCCGGGCUGAUCACCUCGUUCGUAUAUGGACACGACAUCGUCUCCCGUCUGUCGCUGGGUAGCGUGCGCGAUCUGACGCGGGGUGCGGUGUGGCUAUGUGCGGCGGAGAAUAGGGAGGACGGCAAGGCGGAUGGGUACUCGGCUGUUACGAAGAAGGCGUUGAAGUGGAAGAUGGGCAGGGUAGAAGAGGGUGACGACGAAUGGUUCCUUGCGAUGCGCAAGACGCUGGAGGCAAACAUGCAGAUGGCGGACCUCUUCCCGCCUGGGCGGGUGUUCUGGGCACUGCGGGACGGCGAUCUACAUCGGGCGCAUCGUCUCGGCGCCGGGUCUGGGAAAGCGUCUCCCAAGGAUAAGGUGCGCCUGUUCGAGGUCCUGGACGUAAAGCAGGUCUUCGGGCAGAUCAUCUUCGCACGCGACAUGUUAAGCUCGCACCUGCCGCACCAGUACGACAAGGUGCUGCACGAGUUACUGUGA